UUCCGAGGAUGUUGAUUUCAACUGGGAUGAAUACUUGGAAGAAACGGGAUCUAGCGCCGCCCCUCACAAUUCCUUUAAGCAUGUGGAAACCAGUCUCCAGAGCAGCUUCCAGCCAGGGAUGAAGCUCGAGGUGGCCAACAAGCAUCAUCCGGACACCUACUGGGUGGCGACCAUCAUCACCACGUGUGGCCAGCUCUUGCUGUUGCGUUACUGUGGUUACGGGGACGACCGCCGGACCGAUUUCUGGUGUGACGUGAUGACAGCAGACCUCCACCCCGUGGGCUGGUGCACCCAGAAUGGCAAAGGGUUGAUGCCUCCUAAUGCUAUCAAGGAGAAGUACACAGACUGGACGGACUUUCUCAUACGUGAGUUGACGGGCUCCCGAACACCGCCUGCAAAUUUACUGGAAGGCCCUCUGCGAGGGAAAAAUCCUGUAGACCUCAUUACAGUUGAUUCCUUAAUAGAGCUGCAGGAUUGCCAGAAUCCCUUUCAAUACUGGAUAGUUAGUGUUCUUGAAAAUGUUGGAGGAAGAUUACGUCUUCGCUAUGUGGGAGUGGAGGAGGCUGAAUCCUAUGACCAGUGGUUGUUUUACUUGGAUUACAGACUUCGACCAGUUGGUUGGUGUCAAGAGAAUAAGUACAGACUGGCUCCACCUGCAGAACUCUGUUCUCUGAAGACCAUGUCUCACUGGCAGUCGGCUCUGGAAAAAUCCCUUGUUGAGGCCGCAAAGUUUCCUCUCCCAAUGGAGGUGUUUAAGGAUCAUGCGGACUUGAGGAACCACUCGUUCGCCGCGGGGAUGAAGAUGGAGGUGGUGGAUGUAGAAGAACCCUACAGGAUUUGCCCUGCAACAGUAACUAAGGUUUUUAAUAAUCAUUUUGUUCAAGUAACCAUUGAUGACCUCCUCCCCGAAGCUAGCAAAACGGCAAUCUUGUGCCACACCGAUUCCUUGGGGAUCCUGCCGGUACAGUGGUGUCUGAAAAAUGGAGUUCAUCUCACACCUCCCAAAGGUUAUCCAAGCCAUGACUUUGACUGGGCGGAUUACCAGAAGCAAUGUGGAGCGGAAGCGGCUCCAGAGUUCUGCUUUAAAAAUGUCUCCUUCAGUCGCGGCUUCACGAAAAACAUGAAGUUAGAGGCUGUGAACCCCAGGAAUCCAGCCGAAAUUUGUGUGGCUUCUGUCACCUCAGUGAAGGGGAGGCUAAUGUGGCUUCACUUGGAAGGGUUGCGGGAGCCCGCUUCAGAAUACAUAGUCGAUGUAGACUCAAUGGACAUAUUCCCGGUUGGCUGGUGCGAAGCGAACGCUUACAAGCUGUCAGCGCCACGUAAAGCAGUUUUACAAAGGACGAGAAAGAUCGCAGUGGUGCAACCAGAAAAGCAGCUGCUGACUGGAGUGCCCACGGAAAAUAUACUUCACAGCCCUUGCGUGAUUCCUCAGCCGGACAGAAUGGGUCCGAUCAACGGGCGAUACGGUUGCCCUGCCCUGUUCAUCAAUCACCGCUGCUUCUCGGGCCCCCAUUUGAACAAAGGAAGAUUGGCAGAGCUGCCACAGUCUGUGGGGCCCGGCAAGUGUGUGCUCGUUCUUAAAGAGGUCCUCAGUAUGGUGAUCAACUCGGCUUACAAACCCGGGAGUGUUUUGCGGGAGCUGCAGCUGGUGGAAGAUCCCCAGUGGAACGUUCAGGAGGAGACGCUCAAAGCCAAGUACCGAGGGAAAACCUACAGGGCGACAGUCAAAAUAGUCCGCACAUCCGACCAAGUCCUGGAUUUCUGCCGGAGGGUUUGCAGCAAGCUGGAAUGCUGUCCGAAUUUAUUCAGCCCUGUGCCGGUGACUGAAGCCUGCCCGGAAAACUGCUCCGUCCACACGAAAACGAAAUACACUUAUUAUUACGGGAAGAGGAGGAAAGUUGUUAAGCCUCCAGUCGGCGACACCCACAGCUAUAGCUUGGACAGGAAACACAACAAGCCACCGAGGCGCGGGAAGAGGCGGAAACCCAUCUUAGCACAAAAGAAAAGGCAGCUGUCUGGGACGGAUCUGAACACAGCUGGAUCAGCAGAGGAGAGUGACGAAGAAGAACCAGAGGGCCUGGAAGACGAGGCGUGGAGCGAAGAGACCAGCCCAGAGAUGCACGACGAUCAGACGGACCUCUCUUCAGCAGAGGUGCCUCCAGCCAGGCCCACAAGCGCCAUGAACUUGCGAAGCAGCGCCGAGUUGGGCCGAGCCGCUCGCACUGAGAGGGGAAGGCAGGCUCGGAAAGCUCUCUCUCUCUUAUGCGCCAAAGGGGCGAAGCGGGCUCGGAUAAAGCAAGUAAGGGCCUCCACGUCUAUUAAGCAAGAACCCGAAGAGAAACUCAUCCUGGAGAGCAACCCACUGGAGUGGACGGUGACAGAUGUCGUGAGGUUCAUCAGGCUGACAGACUGUGCGCCACUUGCCAAAAUAUUUCAGGAACAGGAUAUCGACGGCCAAGCUCUCCUCCUGCUGACCCUUCCGACGGUCCAGGAGUGCAUGGACCUGAAGCUUGGCCCAGCCAUCAAGUUGUGCCACCAGAUCGAGCGGGUCAAGCUUGCUUUCUACGCCCAGUACGCCAACUGAUGC